AUGCCAGGCUCGCACAAUAUAAUGUAUUCUCGCACCAGUUGCUGUCAUAGGCUUACAAUCACUCUGUUUAUAAUCGUUUUCCUUUAUCGAGAAGUUUCUGCCGCAGCUACAGCAUACUGCUCUGAGAUUAACACCUCAAAUGAACCCAGCAAUAACAGUGUUUACCAAUCAAAUGGAUUAUGUACGAACUUCUGUCAGAAAGAUUAUGCAUUCGCGGUACUACAGAAUCAGGAUUGUUGGUGCUCAAAUUUUAUACCAGCUACUACAACGGACGGUUGUACGGUGAAUUGCCCCGGGUAUCCAUUCGAACAAUGUGGUGGGGUCGGUCUCUAUGGCUAUAUAGCGCUUGGUCACGUAUCUCCAUCCGGAACAAUAGGUAGUAGUUCAGUUGAACAAACCUCUACUACGGCUCCACCCCCUCAGGUAACUGUGACUGCGAUCCCAAUUACUACCACCCAAACAGAGGUUGUUCCGGGGAUCCCUAAAAUUAGUUCCUCAGUUUCUAGUGUCAACACAAUCCCCCAUAGCUCCUCAAGUUCCCUGACGAUAGCCACCAGUACUUCAAUAAUCACGACAUCGAUAACAUCUCUAACUCCAACGCCGGUUACAUCAGUCCGAACUAUUAGUGGCUCAGGGUCUACAGUGACAAUUAUCCCCCUACCUCCACCAACUUCUCAAGCUAGCGAGCCUGCUUAUCAUAACGAUGGUAGUAGAGGCCUAAGUACUGGUGCCGCUGUAGGCCUAACAGCUGGGCUGGUAGCUUUAGUCGCCACGAUUUGUUCCAUUACAUAUUUCUGCUUGAGAAAGCGAAAAGAGCGUGGAGUUGAAGAUUUGAGCAGCAUUGGGGACCGACGUGGGAGUAGUGCUGAACUCGGUGGACACAUUGCUUCCAGAACUAUGAGUGAAAAUUCAAGAUACGUUCUAGGUACGGACGGUCGUCGAGUUGUAGAAACAUGGGAAUCUAAAGACGAAACUGGGCAUCGAAAAAGCAGGUUGAUUCCUGUCGACCCUAGGCUAGAUCCAUUCGCUCCUGUCUAUCGUAUCGACGACAACAAGAGUAGGGAAAGCAUCAAUACUCUUCGCGAUGACUUAGACUACUCGAGGAGGGUCCACGGAGGUCAGCGAGGACCGAUACUACGUGCAACUAAUCCGGAUGAAGACGACUAG